AUGGACAUGGCCCUUACCGCUGACGAAGCCAUGGAGAUGGAGCACUUCCUGACCUUCACCAUCGACAAUGGGGUGGAUUUGGCGCAGUCCGCUGGCGGCUCUUUGAUCUGGCUUCCUCAGCUUCUAUCCGGGCAGCACAAUUUGGAAGAAGAAGAAGAUGAAGCGGCAGAGUUUUUCGACCGAGCCAGCGACGACGACGGCCAAGACGACGACGACGACGACGGCGUGGCGUACCAGUCUGACCCGGAGUUUGGUUACCCAACCGAGGAGACCGUUCAGGGUCAGGGCAACAACUACAUCAACACUGUGGUGAUUCUCAAUCUCCUGGCACAGCAGCUGGAGGUCGAUUUCGAAACUGUCCUACAUGAUCUUGUCUUCGGAGAUGGAGCUUAUUACGACGACGGCGGCGCCGGGCUACUAGGUGCGUUCGUCGUCCCCGCGUCCGACGCGGCGGUCGCCGGCCUGGAGAAGCAAGCCUUCCACUUCACGGCGGAAGGGUGCGGCGUCACAGGGUGUGCGAUCUGCUUGGAGGAAUUCGAGGACGGCUAG